ACUCCAAUUUAUAUAAAUUCAUAAUAAUAUAUAUUUAAUUGCUUCAGUAUAAAACGUAACACAUGUAGCAAUUAUACUUUGUUUAAAUAUUCGCUAUGGAACGAUUACCGGAGGACGUGAUAAAGCCAUUACGUUUAAGUAUUGACAUCUUAGGACGAUCCAAUAUAUAUAUAUGGAAUAACGAUUCCAUGAGGAAUAAAAUACGUGUCGUAUACAUGAUGGUUUUAUUUAUCGUUUUCUUUAUAAGUGUUGCUUUGUAUACCAUUCAAAUAUUUUCAGAGGAAGUUCCAAUUUCGGAGGUAGCCUUUCAAAUUUCGACAUUUUUAUUUUUAAUUCAUGCCACAUGUAAAGCAAUACUAAUUCUACGGAACAGAACAAAUAUUGUUACACUUAUAGAAAAAAUAGGCGAUACUUGGAGAAUAUACAAUAUAAAUGAACAGCAAAUUCGAAACAAGGAAUUUCUAUUCCAAAGAUUAAAUUUCUGCCUGAAAGUUUAUUACACGGGUAGUAUGAUAACAGUAUGGACCAAUGCGUUUGCACCAAUCAUAAUCUAUCUUGGUAAACUUGCAAUGGGACAAAACAUUAAUCCUCUCCUGCCGUUUGGUUGCGUAAUCCCUUUUGAUCCAUUGAAAGAUUGGUUUCGGUACAUACUGGCCUAUGUAUUUGAAAUGUAUGCAAUACUCUGCUUUUUAUACAUCUAUAUAGGAACAGAAAUCCUCAUGGUUACUCUAUGUGCUCUUCUUAGUGUCGAGUUUGCCAUACUGAAAGUUGAUAUUACGCUCGUAAAACCAGAUAACUCUUCAAUAAAAAGCCUCGUUCGUAAGCAUCAGCAGCUCCUAGUGUACAUUGGUUUACUUGACAAAAUUUUCAAUAAAAUAAUAUUUUUAGAUUUACUUUUUGUUACUGUUGUCAUGUGUUUAUGCGGAUUUGCUGUUACUAUGGCGAACAACGUUGUGGAUUGUGUUAAAAAUGUAUUAUGUGUACUUUCUUUAUUAGUUCCUGUAUACAUAUUUUGCUAUUUUAGCGAGCAGCUUAAGCAAGAGUGCGCUGAUAUUGCACAAGCGGCAUAUAACAGCAAGUGGUAUAACGUCAGCGUAAGCUAUAAAAGGAUUAUUUGUUUUAUUAUCACAAGGGCCCAAAAACCUUGUUGUCUAACGUCUUUGCAAUAUGUGCCUAUAACACUAAAUACAUUCUUCAAGGUAGUGAGUACAUCAUGGUCUUAUUAUUCAGUAAUAAGAACAGUGUAUGGUGACAAAUAAAAUUUUAAUAAAAACAAAAGUAAAAUAUAUUUUAGUGUUA